CUUCCAGAAAGUCUCGCUGCCGCUGCCGUCGCCACGAUGCCCUGGUGCGAACUGCAUCGCAUGCAGAUCAGAGCUGUCGAGCGCAGCGGCCGCAGUACCGCGCUGCACCUCGUCCCGGCACCGCGCUCGCCAGAUCGCCGAUCGGCAGCGGACUGUCGCACGUUUCCCGCCAUUUUCACGCCGACUGCCGCAGUUGACACCCGCUUACGCGCGAAGCGACGCACGCGACAUUCCAUUUUCGAAUUUUUAAAACAUUCCAAACUGUGAUUAUGACAUUCCUUUUUUAAGUUUUCAGUGUUGUGUUCCAUUUCUUAAUUUAAAUGUGGGUAUUCUGUAAAAGAUGUCCCGCGCAUCGUCGUUUAAAACCGUUUUUUAACUAAAAUCUCUUUAAAAGACUGUGCGUGAAGAAAUGACGAAAUACAAGUUGAACAACACAGUGCGGUCGGCGUCUGAGGUGACGUUGACUUCUUACAUGACCGGGAGCACCGACAGCAGGACGGACCGGCCGUACCAGAUCCAGAUGGAUACGAACCAGAACGAUACGGUGAACGCGGAGUCCAAUAGGAACUUGGAGGCGAAGACGUGUCACGUGUGUCCUCACUCCUGCGAGUUUCUGGAGAACAGUGGCAAGUUCGCGGCUUCGUUGGUGAAGGAGAGUGACCGGUUCGGGCUGAACGAGCUGAAGGUGGAGGGCCUGGAGCGCAACGUGUGCUUGUGCGAGAAGUACAACGGUGGCUGCAAGCUGUGCCCGCGGCCUGCCACCGGCCUGCCGCUGGGCCUGGACGGCAAGGAGGCCUGCCUGGCCUGCCACGACUCCGCGCCCGACCAGUACAAUCACCCCAAUGGGCUAUACCCAAGCAAAGACAGCGGCAGCGAGGCGGGCGGCUGGCGAGACGUGGGCGGCUGGCGGCGGCGGGCGGCGCGGAGGGCGCGCGCUUGCUGCUCCACCAAGACGCUGCGCCGCCGCCUGCCCAUCCUCAGCUGGCUGCCCAAGUACUCGGCCAGGAACGGGCUCUCCGACGCCAUCGCAGGCAUAACAGUGGGUCUGACAGUGAUCCCACAGGCGAUAGCAUACGCGGGCGUGGCGGGCCUGCCGCCGCAGUAUGGGCUGUAUUCGUCCUUCAUGGCGUGCUUCGUCUACACCGUCUUCGGCUCCGUCAAGGACUCCGCCAUCGGGCCCACCGCCAUCGCCGCCAUCUUGACGAGGGAGAACCUGCACGGGCUCGGGCCUGAGUUCGCUGUACUGCUGGCCUUUCUUUCGGGCUGUGUGGAGCUGCUCAUGGGAAUACUGCAGUUGGGGUUCCUGAUCGACUUCAUCAGCGGGCCGGUGUCGGUGGGCUUCACGUCGGCGGCCGCCAUUAUCAUCGCCACCACGCAGGUCAAGGACAUCCUCGGCCUCAGCUUCCCCGGCGGGAAGUUCCUACAGGUGUGGACGGGCAUGUACGAGCACAUCGGCGAGACGCGGCUGUGGGACGCCGUGCUCGGGCUCUCUUGUAUCGUGCUACUGCUACUGCUGCGGAAAGUGAAGGACAUCAACGUGAGCGGGUCGGGGUCGGCGGCGCCCAGCCGCGCGCGCGCCGCCGCCGCGCAGGCGCUGUGGUUCCUGUCCACCACGCGCAACAUCCUCGUGGUGCUCGCGUGCGCGGCGCUCGCGUACUACUUCGACACGCAGAACCAGGCGCCUUUCGUGCUCACGGGCGACGUGAAGCCGGGGCUGCCGCAGCUGUCGGCGCCGCCGUUCUCGGCGACGGUGGGCAACCACACCUACACGUUCGCGGAGAUGGCGUCCACGCUCGGCUCCGCCAUCUUCGUCGUGCCGCUGCUCUCCAUCCUCGAGAACAUCGCGCUGGCUAAGGUCUUCUCGGAGGGCAAGUACGUAGACGCGACGCAGGAGAUGCUGGCGCUGGGCGUGUGCAACAUCGCGUCGGCGCUGGUGGACUCCAUGCCGGUGUCGGGCGCGCUGUCCCGCGGCGCCGUCAACCACGCGUCCGGCGUCGCCUCCACCGCCGGCGGGCUCUACACCGGCGCGCUCGUGCUGCUGUCGCUGCAGUACUUCACGCCGUACUUCUACUACAUUCCGAAGGCGUCGCUGGCGGCCGUGAUCAUCGCGGCCGUCGUCUUCAUGAUGGAGCUUCACGUUUUCAAGCCCAUUUGGAGAACGAAAAAGCUGGACAUAAUCCCGGCGGUGGUGACGUUCGGCGCGUGCCUGCUGACGCGGCUGGAGCUGGGCAUCGUCAUCGGCAUCGCCGUCAACCUCAUGUUCCUGCUCUAUGCUUCCGCGAGACCUUCCGUCAAAGUCACGCGCGCUGUGUCGCGCGACGGCGUGGAGCACCUGGUGGCGACGGUGGACCGCGCGCUGGCCUUCCCGUCGGCGGAGUUCGUGCGGCGCGCGCUGCGCAAGGCGGCCGAGCGCGAGCCGCUGCCGCUCGUGCUCGACGCCACGCACGUGCAGGCCGCCGACUUCACCGCCGCCAAGGGCAUCAAGUCGCUGAUCGAGGACUUCCACGCGCGCGGGCAGACGAUCAUCUUCUACAACGUGAAGCCGUCCAUCGCGGGCGUGUUCCGCGGCGUGCGGCCGCGCAGCUUCCUGCACGUGGCGCGCCGCGACGACCUCGACCGGCUGCUGCUGCAGGCGCGCGCCGCCCGACCCGCGCUCACAGGUUAAGUGCUGACGAGCAGAGGCUCCGCUGCAGAUCUCCUCAGUUCCAGACACGACAGUAUUUAUUAGUGUGUACAUAGACGACGUGCGAUGUAUUUAUUAGUCUCGUUGUAAGUAGAUUAGCUAGCGUAGUCAGUUAUGGUAAGAGUAAAUAAAAUGUUGAUUAUUUUCUUG